GGGGACCGGUCGGCCCGAUGGCCACCGCGGGCGACGAGGAGCGGGAGGUGGUGCGGGUCCGGGUCAAGAAAUGUGAUGGGAUCGUUCAGCCAGAGUUCCGGACCUUUGCCGUCGACCCUCAGAUCACUUCCCUGGACGUGUUGCAGCACAUUUUGAUUCGAGCCUUUGAUUUGAAUGGGAAGAAGAAUUUCGGGAUCAGUUACCAGGGCCGGGAUAAGCAAGGACAGGAGGCUCACCUCCCACUGAUGUCCGACUGGGAUCUGAGCACCGCGUUUGCCAGCGCUUCCAAGCCAUAUCUACAGCUCAAAAUAGAGAUCAAGCCUUUAGAAGACAGUCCUCUUUUGGAGGAUUGGGAUAUCAUCAGUCCUAAAGAUGUCAUCAGCACAGAUCUUCUGUUGGUGGAGAAACGGUCCCUGACAGCCGCUGCCUUGCCGUUUACCCAGUCCAUCAUCUCGCAGGUGGGCAAAACUCUCUCGAAGGUUCAGCAGGCACUGAGCUGGUCUUACGGAGAGGAUAUCAAGCCCUUCAAACCCCCGCUAACGGAUACGGAAUUUCAUACUUACCUGAACCACGAGGGUCAGCUGACUCGUCCCGAAGAGCUCCGUCUGCGGAUCUACCACGGGGGUGUCGAGCCUUCUCUGCGUAAGGUGGUUUGGCGUUACUUACUGAACGUUUACCCCGAUGGCCUGACCGGCCAGGAGAGGAUGGAUUACAUGAAGCGCAAGACUCGGGAGUACGACCAGCUGAAGGGUGAGUGGAAUCAACGAGCCAGCCAGGAGGACCUGGAGUUCAUCAGGAGCAACGUUCUCAAGGAUGUCCUUCGCACCGACAGGGCCCACCCUUAUUACGCGGGUUCCGAGGACAACCCCCACCUCACUGCCCUCCACGAUCUGCUGACCACGUACGCCGUCACCCAUCCCCAGAUCUCGUACUGCCAAGGCAUGAGCGACAUCGCGUCCCCCAUCCUGGCCGUGAUGGAUAACGAGGGCCAGGCCUUCAUCUGCUUCUGCGGCAUCAUGAAGCGCCUCGAGGGAAACUUCCGCAUGGAUGGCGAGAUGAUGUCCAUCAAAUUCUCCCACCUGAAGCUUUUGCUUCAGUACUCCGACCCGGAGUUCUACAGCUACCUCCUUUCCACCGGGGCCGACGACCUCUUUUUUUGCUAUCGGUGGCUCCUGCUGGAACUCAAGCGGGAGUUUGCCUUCGAGGAUGCCUUGAGGAUGCUGGAGGUCACCUGGAGCUCUCUCCCACCGGAUCCACCGGAGAAGGAAAUGGAGCUAGUGGGGCCGCCUGCCCAAGUGGGCGAGAGCGGGCAGCCCAUCCGCCAGAGGCACAUGCUGAGACCCACGUGUGACUUUGACGAGGAGAUGGGGGACAGAGUCCUGCUCCCGGGCCAAGAGGAAGCAGAGGAAACUGAGGCGAGCGAAAAGGUCGUUGGGAACGGUCCCUUAGUGAAGCGGUCCAGUUUUGGAGAAUUUAACUAUUACAGUGCCACGAGUGAGGAUCGCUCUGAAGAGGAGCCAAUCUUGAGUUUCACUACCAGGAUUCUGGUACAUUCCAACCAGCCCAGGGAAGGGGAGGAUGAAGAUUGCGGGGAGGGAGAUCCUCUAAUCCAACUCCCCGGCCCAGUUUCCCUCAACAUGACGAAGAGCUUUUCAGCUCCUUCUCUGAGGCCUCCUGAAGCUUUUCCUUCUCCCAGUCAGGAGACGCCUUCCCUGUCCCCGGAGCCGUCCCCGGAGCCGUCCGCAGCCAGCGGGAAGGAUGGAUCUCUCUCGGAGAGGGGCGAUUCAUUGGAGAACACUCCAACUCCCUCCUCUCCGUCUCACAGCCCCUUUGGUCCAGUUUCGUCUCCUACUCCGGUUUCCACCCCUCCACUUGCCUCCGUUAGCCUGCCCCCUCCCCAGGAGUUCGGCAAAGGCAACCCGUUCAUGCUCUUCCUCUGCCUGGCCAUCCUGCUGGAGCACAGAGACCACAUCAUGAAGAACAGCAUGGACUACAAUGAGCUGGCCAUGCACUUUGACAGACUGGUGCGGAAACACAACCUCAGUAAGAUCCUCCACCGGGCCAAGGCCCUGUUCGCGGAUUACCUGCAGUCUGAGGUCUGGGACUCCGAGGAAGGCGACGAAGCCGCCGCAGACUCUCCGGCCGCUUCCUGACCGUGACCUGCUCCGCCUGACUCGUGUCCUGUUUGCCUCAGUGGAUUUCUGGUGGGGACUUGCAAAAACGGGGACGUGGUCCAAGAGGCUGCCUUUUGGACGAGGCCAAGGGUGUUUUCUGACCGUCGGAAUUCCGUUGGCUUUUUUAACCAGCCGAGCAACUCCCCGUUUCUGUUUUCUGGGACGACCUCUGUGGGUUUCAUUUUCCUACAGGCGUACGCUAAUGGACGGCCACAAUUCCCUGCUGGGUCAGUGAGGAGCAGGUGCCUUUCUGUUUGGAAUGUAUUCAUUUUCACUCGCUUUGGUUUUCUCAUUCCGUAGCCUGAUACGUUUGGUUCUUUAAUUAUUUUUCUUGAUAGACAAAACGUAGCGACACUGUUGAGUUUUUUCUUUUUUUUAUAGAGGGGGGAGCUGGCCGGACCCUGAAACCAACAGAUACUCAGUGAGCCUCUUUGAAAUGAUACAGGGUCCAGAUUGGUGGUUUUUGUUGAAACACAAUAGGUCAAUAACCAAACUCCUCAUCUUCCCUCCCCUUUCCUCCCCCAGACUUUCCCGUCACUGUUGACGGUGCCACCGUCCUCCCCGUCUCACAAGCUGGCAACCUGGGAAUUAUCCCUAACUCAUCUCUCUCCUUCAGUCACAAAUUCAGCCAGUCACUAAAUCCUGUUGAUUCUAGCUUCAGAACACCUCCAGAAUCAGCUCCUUUCCUCUCCAUCCAAAGCGCCACCAACCUGGUCCAAGCCCUUUCCCUACCCCUGAGUACACGUUGCUCAAGCACAGGCACAAUUUGCUGAAUUGUACUUUCCAAGCGCUCCGUACCGUGCUCUACACAAAGUAAGCACUCGAUAAAUAUGAAUGAAUGAAUCCCAGCCCAACUACUGCAUCAGCCUUCUCUCUGAUCUCCUUCUCCCCCCUCUGCUGUCCAGAUCACGGUCUAAAACGCUGUUCUGCAGACGUCUCCCUCGCUCCUCAAAAACCUCCAACGGCCGCCCAUCUACCUCCGCAUCAGGCAGAAAUUCCUCACCUUUGACUUUUAGACAGCCGGUCGACUCUCUCCCCCUAUUUAUCCUUGCUCCUCUCCCACUUGGACCCAGUCUGUACACUUUGCUCCUCUAAUUCCACCUACUUACUCACUAUGCCUCACUCUCAUCUCCCUCAUCGGUGCCCACUUUCUCACCUCCUCUUUCCUAUUUGGAUCCACCCCCGGUCCAAGUCACAUCAGACCGGCCAUUACCCUGCCCCAUCUUCAAAGCCUUACAGUAAUUACAUCUCGUCCUGGAAUGGAAGCAUCCCCUGGGUCAUCUCCCCAUUCUAUUUUCCCUCCCUAGUCCAACACCCAUCCACUUGGGUCUAUGCACCCAAAGCACUUAUGAACUCACCACACCCUCACCCCUUCUGUGCACAUCUUUAUACUCGGUUACUUCCCCUACCUGAAAUUCAUUUUAACGUCUGUCUCCCCUGCUAGAGUGUAAGCUCCUCGAGGGCAGGUAUCGUCUCUAUUGUACUCCCAAGCGCUUAGUACGGUGCCUCGCACAGAGUAAGCGCUUAAUAAAGACCAUUGAUGGAUUGCAAUAUAAUUUUGUUCCCUGUAUUUUUGUAUGCAGACUCUGCCUCCGUGAUUGACACCAGUGCUUUAUUCUGAUUCAUUUUUGCACAGUAUAUACCGUCGAACAGUGAGUUCUUCUGCUCAGGUUUCUGCUUCCAUUUUAAUCCUUUUUUCAGAGGUGAAGUCUACCUAGGACUUGACAGUCGUGUUCAAAUGUGACCGGGCUUUUAAUGAAGGUGAAGGGAAAGUGUAGUUGUUGAAGGCAUCUUCCAAAAGAGAGAGUUGGAAAUGCAUCCCCACUGAAAUAGCAGCACCAGUCUACCUGACUGCCAUCGGAGUGGAAUCGAUCCAGGGAUUUCAAAUCAUCAGCUCUUUAGGAGCCUCUCUCAGAUGAGCACCCAGAGCAAACAGCUGUGGAUUGAUCCUUUGCAAGGGAACGUCCUGCAGGACAGUUUCGGCCCCUGUCCUGUGGAGAUGCAAAAUCUAUGACAGAUUGCACGGCUUCCCUAUGAAAGAACUACAGCGCGUGGAAUGUCGUCAAAAUCCCCGGUCUCCCUGGCUCAGAUCUGGUGGAAGGGAUCGAUUCUUGGUGUGGGUUUGAUGUUUGGGGAUGUCUUUUCCUUGGUGACCAGAAUUCCAAUCCGGUUUCAGUCUCCAUUGCUUCUUAGCAAUAAGCCAAGAUCAACAGAGGUCUUUAAACUACGGGGAAGGUGAAAUUUCCCCUCUGGAGCCGGUGGUCACGAGUAACCUAGGGGCCAGGGAUUUGCCUCAACGUUGAGAGUGUGCAGGAAUGAAGAAGUUUGUAAAUAAUGUUAAUCUUUACUAAUUCUGGCUCCUCGGUGGUGGUGAUGAGUGUGUAAAUUCAAGAUUCAGUGAGAACCACGUCCUCCCCUAGCAGCCCGCUACACGAUGCUGGUUUCAGGUCCGGGGAAUGGGAUCUGAAGUGUCAGUGUGAGAUCUAAAGUGUCGUUGAUGUAAGUUGUGUUUUCGGUCUGUGGCAUUGAGUAUCUCUGUGGGAUCCCUUAAUGAUGUGGACGGCAUGGUUUAGACGGAAGGGUGUGUUUGAUUACGCUGCUUUCAAAAAGUCAACAUUAAGAUGGAAGAAAAGGUUAAACCAUUUGAAAGCAAGACAAAAGAGGAAAUACUACUGUUUUGUAGUAUUAAAAAAGGACUCUACUGGAGCAUUGAGGCUUCCAACGAAUGAAGUGAGCAUCUCCUGUUCAGCCCGAUGUGUCCCAAAAGGUCUUUCUUUGAUCAAGGGUGAGGGGAUCAUACAAAUGUUACCAAGCCUUUAUUUCUUUUGGUAAGUGCAUUGAGGCUCCCAAUGAAUGAAGUGAGCAUCUCCUGUUCAGCCCGAUGUGUCCCAAAAGGUCUUUCUUUGAUCAAGGGUGAGGGGAUCAUACAAAUUUUACCAAGCCCUUUUUUCUUUUGGUAAGUGCACCAAGCCAAAUUACUUUUUUGAGAAAUAAAUAUCCUUUUGAAAAAAAGAACACUAGUUACAUUUUCAGCAUAGAAUUUCAUGUAAAUGGAGCAAUGGGCUGUUUUACAAAUGAUUAUUCAAAACUGAGCAGUGAAUGAAAGGAUGCAGUUUUUCAGAAUGUCAGUCAGAGUUCCUGACCUAUGCUAUGUGAAAGAAUAAUGAUAAUGGUUUUGUUACUGUGGAGAACAUUAUUUUCUGAGCAUUUAGCCAAGGUGUUGGAGAGCUGUCUGAAUACGGUAGUUAAUCAAAGGCAAGUUUACAGAGUCCUGGAGAGACGCUUAAACAUGCCUUUUUCAUUUAUAUAAAUCCACAUAGAGAAUUCCUUUGCCUUUACCAAUGGAGUCCAACCAUCCUAUGUUUCCUUUCGAUUUACAUCUCAACCAAUACGUCGUACUUCUUUCGUUUUCAUGGGCGUCAUAAUCCGCUUCUUCAGAAUCGUCCACAAACCUCAUGUUUCAUUCCUAGUCAAGCACAUCAGGUGGUGUAGAACAUUAAAAAGCUUCAAAAAAAAAAAACAAAUCACAGAUUUUGAGGGUUCUGUAUUGUGAAUCCCAGUUGUCAAGUGAUGGU